GACUGGGAUUUGAUCAUGCUUGUGUCUAUUUACCAUUCGCCGUCCGGCGGCGCCCACCUUACAAACCCAAAAUUUUUGGAGGAACCCAAAAUCUGCAUCAGCUCACCAGCAGCAAAAUUAGGUUUUUCCCCUUUCUAGUUGCUCAGCUGGUGGACGGAAUGCCUAGCAGGGCAUGCUUAUAGUGUCGGAGAUCGAUGAAGCGCGUCUUCUCGCUCCGUCUUCCAUUCAGCCUUCUCCCUCUCCUCGCCAUCCUCACCCUCCUCAGCUGCCGCGCCUCCGUCCGCCUAGGCUACGGCUCCCAGUCUCCUCCUGCCGACUCCUCUUCCGUCGCACCGGUGCUCUCAAACGCGACCAUCCUUCUCCGUCUGGCCUCCGAGGAUCUCGUGGAGGCUGGUGUGAGGAAAGACGUUGACGAGCUUCUGGAGGGAAACUUUCCGGCCUCCACACGAGUCAGCUCCGCGGGGCUGCGCCAUCUCCCGGCCGCGCUUUGGCGACGGGAGAACAGACACCUCGAUGUGGGGCUUCGCGCCGGGUUGGAUGGCCGAUUACAGAUCCGCGUCCGUUCCCCUCGGGAUUAUAAGAUCUUCCCAGAGGUCCGCCGAUCCCUGCGUGAUUGGUGGAAGAACCGCCGCUUUCAACCGGAAAUCAUGAAUGAGCUUGUUGAACUUGUGAAACGCCCCCUCGAUCGCCACCGCGGACGCGCGGACGCGGACUUUGCUACUCGAUACGCCUCCUGCGCUGUUGUCGGAAACAGCGGGAUCCUUCUCAACAGCGACCGAGGGGAACUCAUCGACGGUCACGAGCUCGUGAUAAGGCUCAAUAACGCCCGCACGCAUGGCUACCAGCGCAAAGUCGGCUCCAAGACGGGGCUUUCAUUCGUGAACAGCAACAUUCUACAUCUCUGCGCACGGAGACCCGGCUGCUUCUGCCAUCCCUACGGCGAGGACGUUCCCAUGAUCAUGUACAUUUGCCAGGCCGUCCACUUUCUUGACUACGCGAUCUGCAACUCCACCCACAGAGCUCCUCUGAUGAUCACUGAUAUCCGGCUUGAUAUGUUGUGUACCAGAAUUGUCAAGUAUUAUUCGCUGAAGAGAUUUGCGGAGGUGGCUGGAAAGCCAUUGGAGGACUGGGCCAAGUUUCAUGAUGAGAAGAUGUUCCACUACUCCUCGGGGAUGCAGGCUGUGAUGCUCGCUCUGGGGAUUUGUGAUCAAGUUAGCGUCUUUGGGUUUGGGAAAUCGGCGGAUGCCAAGCAUCAUUAUCACACAAACCAGAAAGCGGAGCUCGAUUUGCACGACUACGAGGCAGAAUAUGCUUUUUACCAAGAUUUGGUUGAUAGACCUCAGGUGAUACCAUUCCUUAAAGAUUCUGGAUUUACGGUUCCACCGCUUGUUUUCUAUCAUUAAAUGUUUGAUUCAAUUUGAUUGAAUCUUUAGGUUUGUUUGAGCUCAAGCUUCACGUUUUAAAUUUAAUGUAAUAUUUCAGAAAGAAAGGAAUGGAAUAGGAUAGGAAACCCCAUUCGCCAACCUAUGCUGUGUUGUGCCUGUUUAGAUACCUGCAAAUGUAAAAUUAAAUCUGUAAGGUUAUUUUGGCUGUUUGCAAUUUUUGUCAAUCAAAGUGUUCUUAAAGGAAUUUUAGAAUCCUUUUGAUUAGUUGGGAGAUGGUGGAUAAAAUGAUUCAGUUUUAUUCAACUGAAUGAAUAAAA